AUGGACUCCGAAGUCGAUCGGUACACAGCUUCGACACCGAGGUCGGCGGAGCUUCAGGCCGAGGCGGAGCGAUACCUACCCGGCGGAAGCUCUCGCGGCACGGCGUACUUCGCGCCCUACCCGUUCUUCGUCGAGCGCGCGGACGGGCACCACGUCGUCGACGUGGACGGGAACCGCUAUCUCGAUUUCAUGCUCAACGCGACGACCUACGUGCUCGGUCACUCGAACGACCGCGUCGUCGAGGCGGUGCGCGAGCAGGCGGCGAACGGCCUCAGCUACAGCACGCCGCACGAGUCUCAAGUACGGCUGGCGCAGGCCCUGUGCGAGCGGGUGCCAUCGGUCGAAAAGGUACGGUUCACGAACUCGGGCACCGAGGGAACACUGAACGCCAUCCGCGCCGCACGCGCCUACACCGGAAGACACAAGAUCGCGAAAAUCGAGGGCGGGUACCACGGAAACCACGAGUACGUCUCGGUUAGCGUCUACGCUCCUCUCGACGCGCUGGACCCCGAAGAGCCUACGAGUGUCGCCGAGUGGCCGGGCCAGCCGCCGAGCGUCGUCGAGGACGUUAUCACCUUGCACUACAACGACAUCGAGUCGACGGAGCGGAUUCUGCGCGAGAACGCGGCCGAACUGUCCUGCGUCAUCAUCGAGCCGGUGCUGUCGAACUUCGGGUAUUUGCCCGCCGACGGCGAGUACCUGGCGCGACUGCGCGAGCUUACCACCGAGCUUGGCCUGAUAUUCAUAUUCGACGAGGUGCAGAGCUUCCGGCUCUCACAGGGCGGCGCGCAGGAGCAGAUGGGUGUCAUCCCGGACAUGACGACAUUUGGGAAGGUUAUAGGCGGUGGAAUGCCCGUAGGAGCUUGGGGCGGACGCGCCGACCUGAUGGACCUGUUUGACCCGACGGACGGCCCGGUGGUCUCGCACGCGGGGACGUUCAACGCCAACCCGAUGACGAUGGUGGCCGGCCUGGCGACGCUCGAUCAACUAACGCCGGAGGUCUAUGAGCGCAUGAACGCGCUCGGCGACAUACUGCGGGCGAAGCUGCGGGCGGUCUUUGACGAGCUCGACGUUGCGGUCCAGGUGACAGGGAUCGGUUCGCUGUUCGGCAUCCACUUCACGGAGGAGCGGAUCGUCGAUCACCGCUCGGUGCUGCGUGCCGACCGCGCGAUGCAGCAGAAGCUCUUCACCGGUUACUCAAUGAGGGCAUCCUGA